AUGGAAAUGGGACGAAUACUUCUUCUCGUGUCAGGACUUACGUAUUUACUUCUUGGAGUACCUGCUGACUUGCGUGCUGCAAUUCUGGACGCCGCCCACGCUCGCUCUGCAACAGACCACGUUAAUGGGGGACCUCAAUGCAGGCUUCGCUCAUCCACAACCAUAGAUCGCCAGUGCAGCUUCGUGUGCGAGGAGAUCUGGAAGCGCAAGGCGGCCACCUACUUCCUUGUGUGCCACGACCCGUUUUCGUGCUUUUCCAAUUUCUGGAAUGGAAGAAAGCUCAAGGCUCAGCCCGAAGUACACGUAUCUAUUGCCGAAGAACUGAAGUCGGGAUGCUCCUUCAAUGGUUAUCAGGAGCUCUCAUUGGAGCAACUGCGUUCUAAUGCCGCUUUUGGGGGAGAAGCCCUUUGCAAUGAAAAAGAGCUUGAAGUCGUGGAUUUCGUAUCUGGACAUCCUGCUGGCUUUCAGGGAGGAGAGGGGAACUGCGUGUUGUACUCACAGGCCAAAGAGGCAGCUGCUGCUUGUCAGAAGGAUAAGGAACGGAACGACAGGGUAUACUGCGUACUGGGAAUCAACGACCUACCGCCGAAACCUGACUUGUAUGGCCUGUGUGACUCUCCUCCAUCGCAUGACUAUCGUUUUGGUCUUUUUUAUGACUGCAUCCCAUGUGAUGAUGCGUGGAUGGAUGAGCUAGGGGAAACCUCAGCAGUGUAUAUGGCUGACUCCAUUCGUCAUGUGACCCCACAGAAUGAAUACGAGGCCUUUCACGUUUCCGAAGACCCUUGCAGCGACAAGUUUGCCUGGGCGUUAUGCAGACGAGAUGCAGGUCCUGAUUGUUUUAAGGGGAACGAUCAACCGUUCUGCAGGAUACCGUGCUUGGCGCUUUGGAGACAAUACUGCUCAAAACACAAACCGUACGGUUCUUACGAUUUGUUCAUGAGCCUCUGGACGACCUACGACUUCAGCAGGCUUGCAACGAUCGACGCCAGUUCAAUACCUCGGGUCAAAGCGUGUACAUUCGAGAAACGAUGGGAAUAUGAAGACACAACCCAGAGCGAGUUUUAUCAAAUAAUGGAAAGUGGCAAGGACAACUCGCUGACACUUGAAAACCUCUGCGCUGAUUAUGAGCGGUGGGCGUUAGUGCAAGUUGUCGCUGGACGUAGGGAGCUACUUGAAGAUGGCGAGAGGAUCAACGACUGCCCUGCAGUCGAAAUCACAAGCCGCGUCAAGAAAGUUUUGCCUGAAGAUUUUAUAAUUGGGAACGUGCGAACCCACAAAGUAUCUCUCGUAGGUGUUCAGACGACAGCUGCCACCUGCCCGAUGGCCGACACAACAUACUUUGUAUCUUGGAACUGUUCCCCAAAUAUAUCCAUGGCUGCCGAAUCAAUUUCUAUUUCAUGCAACCUUUACAAGGUUACAGCAAAGGCCGUGGACCCCGACAACUAUUCGUGUGCAUGCCCGAAUAGUGCGGCGCCCUGCUCGCCCAAUGCCGCAGCUGUCAGCCGGAGCUGGAUUGCAAACACCCCACAAAAUGCAAUUGUUAGCCUGGCGGAUUACAUUGUUUACAAAACUUCCGAAUCCGGAACUGGGUCAUUGGUUUUGAUGGAUGAUCCGGGUUCCUUUUGCGGGGACACGGAUGCUUCUUAUGUAUUAUGUGAAGGGCCAGUGUGUGAUAAGGCAUUCUCAACUUUGGAGGGAGCGAGAGAAGAAGAUGAUUUAAAAUGCAGAUCAGCGUGCUCAGAAAUGAGUAGCGGAGAGUGUGCAGCAGUUCGCAACACCUGGUUGUGCGUCGCUCUCUCCAUACAGGGGUGUUACAUCCCCAACAGCAACUCAUAUGCAUGCCAUAUUGAGGUGCCUGGACCUGAAGACUCACAUAGAGGCACUUGCACAUGCCCUAAUUCUGACUUAGGCCCUUGUACAUUUUUAGAGGCUGAAGCAACAGCGUAUGCGUGGAAACCCACUCUAUCACAGUUUUGGAAGGGUGCCAGCGGAGUCAUUGUGGCGAAGAACAACCGCGCUCUCUGGCCGUUAGCCCCAUCAUCGUGGCGUUACGAAGCAGGGCCUCAGUAUGGCAAGUGCGAGCAACGUACAUGGAUAAGAGGAGUCUUCUGCUUGGGUUCUCUGGCACCGGACUGUGGCACUGCCACGCCGGUGGAUCCCAGCAAGGCAAGCACUUUCCACUGCAUAUAUAUUUGUGGGAACAUUGAAUGGAAGUGCCGCUUUACCAUGAUUGACCAGCCGACCCUGUACAAGGACCUUCUGCAGUGUUAUGAGACGCUGAAGGUUGGCACAAUUCUAGAGUUCUGCGAUGUCGCAACGAGUAUACCAAGACUGGCCGUCUCCCAGGUUACGUCGGACAGCUUUAGAGUCCAGACUUUUGGCGUCGUGUGCGGCGUUCGACCUACGGCAGCUUCGCCUGAUCUGAAAAUUGUGGCAAGCUACCUAGCAAUACCUGCAGGCCAGUAUGUCACAAAGCAUUCUUCCAUUAACGUGGUGGUUGGAAGCUUCGAUGUAACAGGUGACGGCGACUUUUCCUUGCGCAUCCCAUUCGAGAUGCCGGAUCCUUCACAGGCCGUUGUCCUUUUGGAGCCUCAAUCCGCCACAGGAAAAUCCCCUCAGGCGAUCGCAGCUGCACUUGCAUUCAGCAUAAUUGAGAAUACUUCCGCGGGACUUAAAAUUCGGGUUUCAUGCGUGGAGCCGUUUACCUCGAUAUCCGUGGGCUACUUGGUUGCUGCUGCAUCCGACGACAGUUCCACAAGCAGCCCGCUUGCUGCGUCUUUAGGCGGACGUUCGCUUGCUAUAUUCAACUCACAGGACUUCGAUACGGGUACUAUUCACUUUCCAGAGAAUUUUCCGACGUUCUUCCAACCCCACUUCUUCCCACAAGUUGCUGGGGACAAGGAGGAAAUUUUUUCUGUACAGUGGCAGUCCAAAGAGGACGGCCGUGGUUGGAUGCCUACAAUAUGGGCUUCAUCAUGCUCUUUUACGGAAGAAGUUUUGUACAAGGUUUCCACCUCAACUAUGAAGCUUAAAGGCUUGUACAUCUCUGCUGUAUCAAGUAGCAUCUGCAAUAUCAAGGCUGCGGAGGUGACUGCAGGGCCGACUAUAGAACAGCAGGGGUAUUCAAUGACGGAUGAGCAGUGCACCGAGUAUUGUUCCGGCAUAUACCACCUCUAUUGUUCAGCAGCUUCGCAUCCUCUGUAUUGUCUCGAAUGGCGUAUGCCUGCCAACUUUUCUGAAUUUUGCACUUCUCCGACUGAAAGUAAUCAGGCUGACGACGGCUCCGCGGACACUGAUGCUGGAGAAGCCGCGGAAGACGACUCCGCGCCGUUAGUCAAGUGUCGCGUUUUCGACAUGCGAACGCACCCGUCAGAUCUGGCAUGGGACUCUGCUUCCUUUACAUGCGGAUGUCCUGGUCUUGCUGUGCCUUGCACGAAAGAGGAUGCUUCCCAAGACUUGACGUGGCUGCGGGAGAUUCAUGCUGAAGGAGGACUUUGCGAAUCUGCGACGGAGGCCGUGCAGCCGGUCACAAAGAUGUUCAUGCAGCUUGACUCGGAUGCGUGCUCUGCCAACAUGCUGCAUGCUCCUUCUGUAACUUGGACUCAAAGGCCAUUUCCAUCUUAUCCAGACCUUCCGGGAGCGGGGUCUGGACCCCAGUCAUUCAGUGGCACAUAUCUGUGUCAGCACAAAACUCCCUAUGUUCUUUGCCCAGCGGACGCGAUCGAGGAGGAAGAAGAGCAAGGGGAAUCGACACAUGUUGUUAGACAUGUACCGACGUCUUGCUUUGUAGGGGAAUGGGGAGAAUGGUCUGCCUGCGACGCAACCUGUCUGGGGGCCUAUAAUUUUCCUCAGCGGUACAGAAAGCGCACACCCAUCGUUGCCGAGGUUGCGAAUACAGACCCAGAUUGUAUUUUAGAAGAAAAGCAGGCAUGUGGCCACUCUCUAGAAUCGUGUGUAGGCUACUGCUGGGUAUCUGAAUGGACUGAGUGGAGUGACUGUAUGGCGGUAAUGUCUAAAGGGGAAAUUUCCUUCUCCCAGCGACGAUACAAACCAAUUUUAGCGGGUGCUGAAUAUUGCGAUAUGGAGGCCAUUCAAGAGCUUCAGGCGUGCACAAGAAAUGUAACUGAUGAAAUGCCAACGGAGGGAGAGGAAUAUGCAGGUGCAGGAUUCGCUGAAUUGACGGUGUCGUCACCAGGCACCACGGAGAUGUCCGAGUGGUCUGGAUGUGAUGUUCCGUGA